UUUUACAAAAUAUAAAACAAGACACCAUAUUUUGUUAGUAACCAAUCGCUGCAACACUAGUUACUCGCAUGUGAUCCUCCACAGAAACGAACCAAUGAGACACGAUCUAAACAAUACUGACGUCAAUGAGGGGUGUGACUUCGCUCCAACAAGUCUGGGCAAAACAACUGCGUAAUACAAUUGUCCAUUAUUGUCAGGUCCAAUAAUGAACAUUAUUUGACUACGCGUAAUUAUGAGUUUAAGAACCAGUCUUAGUCUAUUAACGCACUUUCACUUUUUACAAUGAAUUCAAAAACAACUCCAAGGGACGAUCCAUUAGAUGACGGGUGUGAUUUAAGGGAUGCACAACUCCUCAGGAUACAGUCGGAGCGUCUCGCCCCGUCUGACCAACCUAGUUUGACUCCCGCUGGUACCAGUCUGACUCCCGCUGGUACCAGUCUGACUCCUGCGUAUGGUACCAGUCUGACUCCUGCGUAUGGUACCAGUCUGACUCCGGCGUAUGGUACCAGUUUGACUCCCGCUGGUACCAGUCUGACUCCCGCUGGUACCAGUCUGACUCUUACUAGUGGUACCAGUACCAGUUUGAGCGCUGGUGCUGAUCAACACAGUCCGACACUGGGUGUGUGUGUGGUCGAUGAUGGCCAGUCCCUUGCCAAGAAGGAGGAGAGAAUCGAUGGUCAAAUUAAGAAACGGGGUCACGUGGCCGUGGCCCCGUUCGAGAGGCUGAGCAACAACAGGAGCACUGUUACCCUGUCAGUCCCAAACCAGAGUCCAAUGGAGAGGUUCAGUAAGCAUCACCUGAAUGUUACUCAGCUCUGUGAGCAGUCAUGGUGUGAAAUUAAAGUGGUCUAUGGGUUCCUCAAGCCUCAUAUGAAGAGGAGAGAGAUGAGAAGGACUGCAGUGAUGACAGGGGCCAGUAUUCAUCUUGCUAGAGAACUGGAGGCAAACCCAGAUGCUGUGACUGUGGUUGUUCAUACCAGAGAGGACAGGGAAGCCUUGAAACUCAUCAACCUGAUACAGAUGGUCCCAACUCUGGAGGCAGGCCAGCUUGUGCGGGAGUUUCCAGUGUUAGGUUUGUUGGAUGGGGUGUUUUUCCUGGGUGUGGUUGAUGAGCUCUAUUGUAGUAAGUCUGGGGAUCUGGUCCUGAGUGAACUGAAGACCCGCAGUCACAACUCCCUGCCGCAUCCUGCCCAGGCCAAGGGACACUCUCUACAGGUGGGUGUGUAUAAGCUGCUGUUUGACUCCAUGGUUCAGGGUUCUAUGAAGAGGGAUCAGCUCCUCCACUUCCUCAAGCUCCGGCCCCACCAGGCCUUUGGGUCAGAGCUCCAGAGCUAUGCCCAGAAAUUGGGCCUCCUGGCAGUCACCUUCGGAGAGCUUGUGGACCACCUGUUGGUUGUGCUACAUUUCUCUAACCUCCAGCCCAUUGACAAGCUAUGCCUGGAAUACAGACAUCAGAGCUCCGGAGUCCUCAUAGGAAACAGGAAGGUAGAGUUUGAGGAGACCCAGCUAAGGRCUGAGCUCAGGGACUACCUGGCCUUCUGGAGGGGGGAGAGGGAGCCCCAUGGAGUGGAUAUUGAGGAUAUAGAAGAGGCUUGGAAGUGUAGGAUGUGCCCCUAUGAGGAGAGCUGUGAUUGGAGGAGGAGUAGGUUGCAAGAGAUGAUGGUUGAUGGCAGUAAGAAAGCCAAAUUGGAUGGUUCUAAAUCAGACUCCCCCAAUUCAAGUCGGAGAGUCCCAAAUUGAAGUUUGUCAGGUCUGAGAAUCCAAAAUGGGAGAGUCCAAGGUUGGAUAGUCCAACAGUGGAUAGCCUGAUAUCGGCAUGACUUCCAUCAUGAUUUUAUGGGUUUACAAUAGGGUUGAAUAGCGGGGAGGGGCCUCCCGAGUGGCGCAGUGGUCUAAGUAGCUGUGCCACUAGAGAUUCUGGGUUCGAGUCCAGGCUCUGUCGC